AUGAUUAUCGUCUGCACGUUUGACAUGAAUGGUCAGGACAACUGCAAAUUUGCAAGAUUUUUCUGUCUGGUUUUCGUUUACAGCAAAAAUGCAUGCAAAUGUCGUAUAAAUCUAUGUUUUAUUAUUUCAGGUGCAUUGCAACGUCGAAGGAAAGUUCCUUUUUCAAAGGAAGAAACCUUAUUAAUUCUAAGGGCAUAUGAACUUCACCCAAGUAGCUGGGCCAACGUUAUUACUGAUAUCAAGGCAAAUAUAGAACAACUGUCAAAUAACCAUCAGUUGCUGUACAGAACGGCUACAUCAAAACAAUUGAAAGACAGAGUUUCAAAUAAGUUUGGUCGACUUCUUCACAGCAAUAUUGAUACCAUUGAGGAUGCUGAUAUAAGGACACAUGUGCAACGUAUACGGGAUUUAGAGCGUAGACUUGUUCCUCCGCCAAGCGAAGUUAACACCAGGCAACAGGGCGAUCAAAAGGAGCUCCUACUUCAACAAGUCAGUGAGUCCGACGACAAUGAUGUUGGAGGAGGCGAUAGAGCAGCUCCACAGCCCGCAGGCGGUCAACAUCAGCAAAACUUGCAGGUUGACAACAACGAGGAGAGGGCAGGUCCAAGCCAAGUUCAAUCCCCAGAGCCGGCUGUUUUAAACGUUGCAGCCGGUCAACGUAAUCUACCGGCACAUCGCAGGAGGAAUAGGCGCUCCCUUGCCGAUCAAAUUAGAGAAAACCAGGCUCUCUACAGGAGAUUCCUGACAAAAAAGAUUCCAAAAAUACUCCGUGAACUUGGCGUAAGCAGUGAUAGCAGUGAUGACAAUUACGUUUAGUCCCUUUUUUAAACCACGUACUCACACAUAACUUAUAAAAAUGGUCAUCUGAGUUAUCUUUGUUGAAAAAUUAACAUGACAAUAAAGUAUAUGAAUUAAGAAACUUGUUUUGUUUUUUAGUCUAUAUAAACAUUUUGGUUAUAUUAUAUCUAUUAUUGUGUUGGUGGUUUAUAGAAAUAAUAUAGCAAACAUAUUCAUGUACAAAAACGCUACAUAUUACAGUUAAAGCUACUGAUUUUUACAUCAUAUUUUCCACAUUUAUGUUUUGAGAAAAUCCCCCAUUUUAUUCAGUAUUACGGAGUCCGUUUACGAAGUCCGUUUAAGAUA